GUUUCUGACGACACACUGGAGCACCUGGGAGUCAAACAUGGCCGGUAAAGGAGGAAAACAGAGCCGUUCGGGCUCCGGCCUUUCGGGUAGAAAGGGAGCAAGCGACCAGGAGGAAGAGGAGCAGCCGCUGCAGGCCGUUUUAGUCGCAGACAGCUUCAACCGGAGGUUUUUCCCGGUGACCAAAGACCAACCGCGGGCGCUGCUGCCGCUGGGUAACAUCGCGAUGAUCGACUACACCCUGGAGUUCCUCACUUCCACCGGGGUCCAGGAGACGUUUGUCUUCUGCUGCUGGAUGUCCAGUAAAAUAAAGGCACACUUGUUGAAAUCGAAGUGGUGUCGACCCACUUCCCCAAACACAGUCCACAUCAUCACCUCAGAACUGUACCGCUCCCUCGGGGACGUGCUCAGGGAUGUGGAUGCAAAGUCCCUGGUGCGCUCUGACUUUGUGCUGGUUUACGGAGACGUGGUGUCCAAUGUUGAUGUCAGUGAGGCACUCCAAGAGCACAGGCAUCGUCGAAAGAUGGACAAGAACAUCUCGGUGAUGACGAUGAUCUUUAAGGAAUCCUCACCGGGUCACAGGUCUCGCUGUGAGGAAGAUGACGUCAUAGUAGCCGUGGAAAGCAAGAGUCAGCAGAUUUUACACUAUCAGAAGACACAAGGGCUGAAGAAGCUACAGUUUCCUAUGAACAUUUUCCACAGUGGAAGUGACGAGUUUGAAAUCAGACACGACCUCUUGGACUGUCACAUCAGCAUCUGCUCCCCACAGGUUGCCGAGCUCUUCACUGACAACUUUGACUACCAAACUAGGAAUGACUUUGUCAGAGGGAUAUUAGUCAAUGAAGAGAUCCUGGGUAAUCAGAUCCACAUGCAUGUCACCAAGGAUGGUUACGGCGUUCGAGUGUCCAACUUGCUCAUGUAUGAUUCGGUGUCGUCGGACCUGGUGAGGCGAUGGGUUUACCCCCUCACCCCUGAGGCCAACUUCACGGACCAGGAGGGACGCAGCUGCACGUACUCUCGCCACAAUGUCUACCGGGGGUCUGGAGUCAGCCUCGGCCACGGCAGCCAGAUGGAGGAGAACGUUCUCAUCGGCCGUGACACCAGCAUCGGCGCCAACUGCCGCAUCUCCAACAGUGUCAUCGGUAACAACUGCACCAUAGGUGAUAAUGUAGUUCUGGACCACGCCUACAUCUGGAAUAACGUUCACAUUGCCAGUAAUGUGACCAUCAACCAGUCCGUGGUCUGCGACAAGGCUGAGGUCAAAGAGGACGUGACUCUCAACAAACAGUGUGUCCUGGCAUAUAAUGUGGUGAUUGGACCAAACAUUUCUCUACCAGAAGGUACCGUGGUGUCUAUGCACCACCCAGAGGAGGAGGAAGAAGACGAUGAUGAAUUCCUCAGUGACGAUGCCGAGGUCGGUCAGAGUAAAGAUAAAACCAAACAGAAAGUUUUCAACCCUGCAGAGGUCGGUGCAGAGGGAAAAGGCUACAUCUGGAAGGCCAGCAGUCUGGACGACACAGAGGAUGAGGAGCUGUCUCAGUGUCUCUGGGGUUUGGUGCUGAACCCAGAUCCUGAGAGCGACAGUGAGGACAGUGAACCUGAUGGUCCUGACGAUCCAGUGAUUCCCUCCCCUGAGAUGGACGAUGUCAAAGUCUUCCACAUGGAGGUACUCGGGACUCUGCAGAGAGGUUUGGAGGAGAACAUCGGCUGUGACAACCUCGUACUCGAGAUCAAUUCUCUGAAGUACGCCUACAAUAUCAGCCUGAAGGAGGUGAUGCAGAUUCUAACCAGAGUGGUGCUGGAGUACCCUUUCCAGCAGCAGGGCCCAAAUCUCACCCCUUCACAAUACGUCGCUCUGCUCCUGCCGUUAUUGAAGAAAUGGGCUCCGGUGUUUAAGAACUAUGUGAAGAGAGCUCAGGACCAUCUAGACUGUCUGUCUGCCUUUGAGGAACACUUUCUGGAGCAGGAGAACCACUGGGCUGCAAUGGUGAAGGUCCUGAUGAACAUGUACCAGCUGGAGAUCCUGGAGGAGGAAAUGAUCCUGCGAUGGUUCUCUCAGGGAGCCACCACAGACAAAAGCAGGCAGCUUCGUAAGAACCAGGGGCUUCAGAAGUUCAUCCAGUGGUUGGAAGAAGCUGAGGAGUCUUCAGAGGAGGACGGAGAAUAAAUACUACUCAGCUCAAGCAUGGACAAAGUCAACUUUUAAGCUGUUGUGCGACUAAAGGAGCCGCUUUCUGCCUCCACUAACCAUCAGGAUCUGCUCUGUACAGCGGAAACUGACAGAUUUUUAUCACAGUCACGUCAAGGCUGAGUGCUGUGAACAUCUAAAUAAAGAAGAGACCCUCGCUCUGCUUGGACUGAAA